AUGUGUCAAUCUCGACCAUUGGACGCAGCUGCGAUACUCGAUCGGGAGAUUCUCUCGAAUCCUUCCCCCCUCGAGCCACAUGACUCCAAAUCACAACCCACCAGAGUACCACCUGAAAAGACGCCAUCUGACCUCUUGGCCAACUUCAGUUGGAUAGAGAGUGAGUCAAGCGAUGACGAGAGCCUUAGUGGCUCAGUAGUGAGCGUCUCGGAUCAGCAUCAGCAAGCAAUUGAAAACUCCGUCAACCGAGCAACAUAUCCGAUUUCUAAAGAAUAUGUGUUUCAAACUCCGACUCCGUGUAAGGCAAACAUUAGCCCGCGGAAAACACGCCCCUACACUGAAAAUAUUGACGGCGCGCUUUCAAAUUGCACGUUCGGCACUUUGGAACCAGCCGCACCUUACUAUUACCUGGCCCAGCCGGUUCGAGGAGCCCUUUCCACGAGUCCAUAUUUUAGGGAGAAGAAAUGGGAUUUCUUUCCAGAGCUAGGACCGCCUUUACGGACCGAGGACAUAUCAGAUCGACGCAUCGAGGUCUCAAGGUUGCCGCAGAAAAGGAAAAUUUUCGGUUUCUUCUCGAAUAUCCUUCGUUUCUCUUCCCUUCACAAUGCCAAUCACGAGUCCUUGAAAAACCAUAUGUCUUCGACUGUCUUCAGAAAACGGAAUGCAGUGGGUACAUCGAGCAUAUCUAGUGGUUGGAAGAAUGUUUCGAGCUAUCAAGCAAGCGAUGGGAGCUUUGGUUUUAGGAAUAUUUAA